AUGUCACAUCAUCCUUCUUACACAAUGGGAGCUAUAUGUGCAAUCGGAGGGAUUGCAGCUUAUGCUAAAAAAGGAUCAGUUCCUUCAUUAACAGCAGGACUAGGAGUAUCUUCACUUUAUUUAAUAGCUGGGUAA